AAAAACACACUCUCUUUCUCUCUCUUCAUCUUGAAACCCCAACCCAUAAUUUUCAUUUCAAUUUCUCUCUCUUCAUAGUACAGAUAAAAUAAUAAUAUUAUUAUUAUUAUAAUCGUCAAUCAAUUAUCAAUGAUAUAAAAAUAUAAAAAUUAUUAUUAUGAUGAUAUACUAGUUCCGUGAAGUUUUUAUUCAGAGUUGUGUGAGAUCUACUUCGCCGAAGAAAUUCUAGUAGAGAGAUUACAGAACCCUAAUUCUACGGAUUUGAAAAGUGGUUUUUUUUUUAGGAGAUUCUUUCUCGGAUUACGAUUGAGGAUCGCUAGUGAGAAAGCUCAAUAUCGAUCGGAUUGAUUUUCUGUCGUGUUGAGGUGAUGAUUGAAAUUGGUUCUUGUUAUGGGAUAUAGGUUGACUUGAUUGAAAAUAUCAGAUUUGUAUCCUAUGAUCACUGUUGUUAGUUGAUGUUAUUAUAGGCUGGUUGGUUGGAUGCUGGUGUAAGGAUAUGCUUUUUGUAAAAUUGUUUGCAAAUUGCAAGUCCUUUUCAAUUUUAUAAGUUGACUUAUUGUAGUUUAAGUCCUUUUCAAUUUUAUCAAAGAUUGGCAUGUAAUAUUUAGUCUUUUGAUAGAAAUAUACAAUUGUACAAUCGUCUAUUGGUCAUUGAAAGUUUUAGCUACUUCAAAGUAUUUGUCGGAGUAUCAUAUUUUUCCGGGAUUUAUCUUCUGGGCUGUAUCAAAGAGGAAAAUGGAAGCAGAGAGGUUUAGUAGUGAGCAGCUGAAGAGUAAAAUGGAGGCAGAGACGUUGCGUUUUAAUCAUGCUCCUGGCUUUCUUAGCCGAGCUCUUCCGGCUGUUGUACCCGUGCUUUUGAUUUCGAUAGGAUAUGUUGAUCCUGGAAAAUGGGUGGCAAGUAUUGAAGGCGGUGCAAGGUUUGGUUUUGAUCUGGUGGCUUUCACGCUUAUUUUCAAUUUUGCAGCUAUCUUCUGUCAGUACUUAUCUGCCCGGGUUGCUGUAAUCACUGGAAGAGAUCUUGCUCAGAUUUGCAGUGAUGAGUAUGAUACAUGGACAUGCCUUUUCCUUGGAAUUCAAACAGAACUUUCAGUGAUUAUGCUAGAUCUUAACAUGGUAAUUCUCUUACCAUUGAUUAACAUUAAAUAUCCAGUGAAUUUGAUUUACACACAGUCAUCUUCUAUUUGUCAUUUUUUUUUUGACUUGAAACUAUGGUUUAAACUGUUUUGCAAGAUCUUGGGCAUGGCACAAGGAUUAAAUCUUAUUUUUGGGUGGGACUUGUUCACCUGUAUCUUUUUAACAGCCACUGGUGCUGUUUUUCAUAUACUUCUUUCUGUCCUCCUUGACAUUGAGAAGGCAAAACACCUAGGACAGUUUGUGGCAGGCUUUGUAUUACUAUCUUUUAUACUUGGACUACUCAUCAAUCAAUCAGAAGUUCCACUUUCUGUGAAUGGAAUACUAAUAAAGUUGAGUGGGGAGAGUGCAUUUAUGCUUAUGAGUCUUCUUGGAGCAACUCUUGUGCCUCACAACUUUUACCUUCAUUCCUCUAUUGUACAGCGGCAUCAGGGACCGAAAAACAUUUCUAAGGAUGCAUUGUGUCAUAACCAUUUUUUGGCCAUCUUAUGUGUCUUCAGUGGCCUUUAUUUGGUAAAUAAUAUGCUGAUGACCACAUCAGCAAACGAGUUUUACAGUACAGGUCCUGUUUUGCUUACUUUUCAAGAUGCACUGUCAUCAAUGGAACAGGUGUUGCGCAGCCCAAUAGCUCUGCUUGGUUUUGUAUUCAUUUUGUUUCUUGCAAAUCAGACUACAGCAUUAACUUGGAGUUUAGGGGGAGAAGCAGUAGUGAAUGGUUUCUUAAAACUAGAUAUUCCAGGUUGGCUUCAUUAUGUGACAAUUAGAGUGAUUGCUGUGCUGCCUGCCCUUUAUUGUGUCUGGAGUUCAGGAGCUGAAGGGAUGUAUCAACUACUUAUAUUCACUCAGGUUUUAGUAGCCCUGCAACUUCCAUCUUCCGUGAUUCCCCUUUUUCGAGUUGCUAUGUCUAGAUCAAUAAUGGGUGCGCACAAAAUUUCCCAGUCUCUGGAACUUUUGGCAUUGACCAUAUUCAUUGGGAUGCUUGGCUUGAAUAUCGUCUUUUUGGUAGAAAUGAUAUUUGGCAACAGUGAUUGGGCGGCUGAUUUGAGGUGGAAUGUUGGGAAUGGCGUGUCUGUCUCAUAUGCAAUUCUUCUCAUUACUGGUUUUAUGUCAUUAUGUUUGAUGCUUUGGUUAGCUGCCACACCUUUAAGAUCUGCCAAUAUUCAUCAAUUAAAUGCUAAGGAGUUGAACUGGGAUAUGCCAGAGACUAUACCAAUUCCGCUGGUUGAUGGUGAAGAAUCAUGUAUAACUGAAACAGCGCCUCAUGAAGAAACAUCUGUUGAAGUCGACGAACCAAAACCAGCUUUAGCUAGCACAUUUGAGUACCCAGAAGUAUCACAUGAAAGUUUUCGUCCCAUUCUUCCUGAAACCAUAAUGGAACCUGGUCCCCAGGUGAACGCUGUAAAGGGGAAUAAUUCUGUUACACCGUCAGUUUCCACAUCAGAGACAGGGGAAGCAUCUACUGUAGUUAAUGAUAGUUCUGAUUCUAGACAUGCAGAUACAAAAACUAUAAUGGAAAGAGAUGCCCCAAUUGAGAAGACUGUGGAAAUUGAAGACGAUUCAAACGCUGAAAGGGAUGAUGAUGAUGGAGAGUCAUGGGAAACUGAAGAAUCAUCCAGAGUGGUCUUGCCAAAUGCCCCAUCUUCAACAUCCGAAGGCCCUCCAUCAUUCAGGAGUAUUGGUGGGAAAAGUGACGACGGUGGAGGAAGCUUCGGAAGUCUAUCGAGAAUAGAAGGCUUAGGACGUGCGGCAAGACGUCAGCUAACUCUUAUUCUUGAUGAAUUCUGGGGACAGUUUUAUGAUUUCCAUGGGAAUCCUUCCCAGACAGCAAAGAAAUUUGAUGUUUUGCUGGGGACAGACGUAGAUUCAAGACCCACCACUUCCUUGCAGAAAAUGGAUCCAUGUGGAAAGGACUAUUCGGAAUACUUAGUAUCUGCAUGCAGUAGAGCUUCCGACACUUCAAUUAACGCUGGUCCGUAUGACUAUUCCGCGCAGCCUAGGAUGCAAAGUAAUUCAGAGUCUUCAUAUGGUCUUCAAAGGAGUUCUUCCUCAGUGCGGGCAAAUCCCAUCCAGUUACUUGAUGCAUAUGCCCAAAACUCUGCUCGCAAUUUCCUUGAAUCUGGUGAGAGGCGCUAUUCCAGUGUGCGUAGUCUUCAUUCAUCCGAGGCUUGGGAUUAUCAGCCAGCUACAAUACAUGGUUAUCAGACUGCAUCCUAUCUUAGCCGGGGUGUGAAAGAUAGAAGUUCUGAAAACAUAAAUGGUUCUAUGCAAUUGUCAUCACUGAAGUCCCCUUCCACAGGUAAUUCAAACUACUCCCUUGCAUUUGCUUUGGGAAAAAAGUUGCAUAAUGGUUCAGGUGUAGGCCAUCCCCCUGGUUUUGAAAAUGUAGCUGUCUCUAGAAAUCGCCAACUACUAUCUGAGAGGUCCAAUUAUGAUUCUUGCACCUCUGGACCUGCAGCUAAUACAGUCAAUUCAAUUAACACUAAGAAGUACCACAGUUUGCCUGACAUUUCAGGAUACUCCAUCCCUCACAGAGCUGGCUACGUGGCUGAUAAGAAUGCACCAUGGGAUGGUUCUGUUGGAUAUGGUUCUUUUGCUGGUAGGAUGGGAUACGAACCCUCUUUAUAUUCAAAUCCUGGAUCAAGAGCAGGAGCUCAUUUGGCCUUUGAUGAAGUCUCUCCAUCUAAAGUGUACAGAGAAGCACUCUCUUCACCGUUGAGUUCUGGUCUUGACACUGGAUCCCUCUGGUCUAGACAGCCUUUUGAGCAGUUUGGUGUUGCUGAUAAAAGUCAUAAUGUUGCAAUGGAAGGUGCAGGAAGAAGGCCGAAUGCAAUUGUUCAAGAAACUACAUUUGAAGAUAUAGAAGGGAAACUUCUUCAGUCUCUCAGACUUUGCAUUAUGAAGCUCUUAAAACUGGAUGGGUCUGAUUGGUUGUUUAAACAGAAUGAUGGAAUUGAUGAAGAUCUGAUUGAUCGUGUAGCAGCAAGGGAGAAGUUUGUUUAUGAGAUUGAAGCUAGGGAGAUAAAUCAGGUCGUUCAUAUGAGCGAUACUCGUUACUUUCCUUCUGAUAGGAAAUCUGUUUCUUUGAUGAAAAGCGAGGCAAAUGCCUCUAGUCUUUUAGUAUCCUCAGUUCCUAACUGUGGGGAGGGAUGUGUAUGGAGAUUAGAUUUAGUAGUAAGCUUUGGUGUCUGGUGUAUCCACCGUGUUCUUGACCUCUCAGUUUUGGAAAGCCGGCCAGAGCUUUGGGGGAAAUACACCUAUGUGCUCAAUCGCCUCCAGGGCAUCAUCGAUCCAGCCUUUAAGAAACCCCGUACCCCUUCGGCCCCAUGCUUUUGCCUUGAAGUUCCCACUACACACCUGCAAAAGGCAAGUCCCCCUCUUUCUAACGGGAUGUUACCCCCAACAGUGAAAGCAGGCCGGGGCAAAUGCACUACUCCAUCAAUGUUUUUUGAGCUGACUAAAGAUGUGGAGAUCGCUAUCUCUAGCAGAAAAGGACGUACAGGUACAGCAGCUGGUGACGUGGCAUUCCCGAAGGGGAAGGAAAAUAUGGCAUCUGUUCUCAAACGGUACAAGCGAAGGUUAUCAUCCAGCAAGCUUUUUGCCAAUCAGGGCAAGAUCCCCUCUUCAGGAGCACACACUCAAUAACGUUUUGCAUUAACAAAAUCAGGUUUCUUUGGGGAUGUUUUAUAAUUUAUACUGAGAAGCAGCUCAUACCUAGAUCAAGGAGUGCUCUGCCUCCAUGUAUCAAAUUUCUUGCAGCAGAUUUUAUCUUUGUAUGUUACAUACAUAUAAGAAAAGAAUUAUAUGCAACUGUGGCAAAAUCGGUUAAAAACGUAGAUGGAAAAUAGUUCCAGUUUGGUUUUUGUUUUGUUUGGACUUCGUUGCUUAUCUAGCUGGUGGAUAGAAGGCAGGGAUACAAUUAAGUUUUGACCCGAUUGUUUCCUGAAUUAACUUUUGUAUAAACACUGAAAUUUUGUUGUUUUAAAGUUUUCACAAUGAAGUCUGAAAUAAUUGUACUACAAGUCCAAAAUUGGGUUGAAUUGUUUUCAAAAUAUAGUAUUAUUGGAUCACAUACAUAAAUUUCUAUUUUAUUUUUAA